AUGGGGGGAGUCGAUAGGGCCGACCAAGACAUCGGUCUAUAUCGUACAUCUAUCCGUGGCAAGAAAUGGUAUUUCACAUUGUUUUCUCACUGCUUGGACAUGGCGACACACAAUGCGUGGCAUCUUUAUAAAAAUAAUGGAGGAGAGUACGAUCAUCUCACAUUACGGAGAACUAUCGCUAGAGGAAUCUUGGAAACAUAUAAAAAAAAUGAGAAACGCUGUCCUUGUCCCACUUCUAGAACUUACAGGGAAAUUUCACGCUAUGAUACAGUUGAUCAUCUAGUAGAGUACAAUGACUCUCAGCUUCGAUGUUCACUUUGCAAAAAAAACACAAACUUCACUUGUCAAAAAUGUAAAAUCCAUUUGCACCCUAAAACAUGUUUUGCUACUUACCAUACUCCACAUAGGUAG